UUACCCCUGGAUAUGUUGCUGGUUUCCAUUUGGAAUUUGACAAAGGGAAGAAGGAGGAUAUAAAACCUGGGGGAGCUCUGCAAGGUGUUGCUUAUGGCCACAGGAGGGAGCUCAAAUCCAGACAUGGGAGUAUUGGCUUGAUUUCGGAUCCAGAGCCUCUUAAACUAUCACUUUUCCUCUAAGCUGGUCCCUGUUAUGUCCAGGAUCUGGCGCCUGCUUGACAUUUACUUUGAGUUCCAGAGGACCAGAGACCUAGGAUGAGGAGCAUUGGAUCUGCCCUGAACCUGCUUUUGGUAUCGCCACUCUACUUUGUGUGGACCGUGGUCGCUCUGGACCUGGCACAAACUCCCUGCACCACUUUGGUCCAAGGGAAAUUCUUUGGGUAUUUCUCCUCCUUUGCCGUCUUCCCGUUGAACUCCUCUCUCUGCUCUUGGAUUAUCCAGAACCCUGACCCUCGGAGGUACACUUUGUACAUGAAGAUCCUAAAACCUACCGGCAUAUGUGACCACCAGCACAUCCGCACCUACCAGUUCGACUCCUUCCUGGAGUCCACCCGCACCUACCUGGGCAUGGAGAGCUUCGACGAUGUGUUGAAGCUCUGCGAUGGGUCCACCCGCUUUGCCUUCCUCCAGUCCAACAAGCAGUUCCUCCAGAUGAAGCAGACAGCACCACCAGGCGUGGAGACAUGGCCCAUGCGGUGGAAGCCCACAAAGGCUCAGGAGAGGGACUUCUCAGUGGAGUACCUCGUGGUGGGCAACAGGAACCCUAGCAAAGCCGCUUGCCAGAUGCUCUGCAAGUGGCUGGACGCGUGCUUGGCCAUCAGCAGCAGCUCCCAUCCGUGCGGCAUUAUGCAGACCCCAUGCUCUUGCUCGGGAGGGGAGGUCCUAGAUCAGGCCAGUGAGAUCCUGGGGCUCACGAGGAAGAAGGAAGAUUGCUAUAAGGAUGGAAUUUACUUGGAGAACUGCAUGAGCAGCCCUAAAGACAGCAGUGGAGCGGAGUUCCUGGGUGGUUGGAACUCAUGGUCGGCUUGGGGCGACUGCACCAAGGACUGCGGCGGAGGCCUGCAGACCCGCAUGCGCACCUGCAAGCCCCUUCCCAACGAAGGUCUUGUCUGCGAGGGAGUCCUGGAGGAAGGACGGCUGUGCAAUAGGAAGGCAUGCAAUACCAAUGGACGCUAUAAUUCCAGAAGCCAAUCGCUGAGGUCCACAGAUAACAGAAAGCGAGAGGACACUGACGAACUGCAGCACUACGGGUACCCUGCACCUCAAAUAGGUGACCCUGCGGCAGAGGAGUGGUCCCCAUGGAGCGUGUGUUCGACUACCUGCGGGGAGGGCUGGCAGACCAGGACCAGGUUCUGUGUGUCAUCUUCCUACAGCACUCAGUGCAGCGGCCCUCUCCGGGAGCAGAGACAGUGCAACAACUCCGCCGUGUGCCCAGUGCACGGCACCUGGGACGAGUGGUCUCCAUGGAGCUUGUGCUCUUCCACGUGUGGGAGAGGAUACAGGGAUCGGACCCGCACGUGCAAACCCCCUCAGUUUGGUGGGAACCCCUGUGAGGGCCCAGAGAAGCAAACCAAGUUCUGCAACAUCGCGCUUUGCCCAGGCCACUCAGUGGAUGGCAACUGGAAUGAAUGGUCGAGCUGGAGCUCUUGCUCAGCCUCCUGCUCCAACGGUACCCAGCAACGGACGAGGGAAUGCAAUGGACCUUCCUAUGGGGGAGCCGAAUGCCAGGGACACUGGGUGGAAACCAGGGACUGCUUCCUACGCCAAUGCCCAGUGAAUGGCAAGUGGCAGGCUUGGGGAGUGUGGGGCAGCUGCACCGCCACAUGUGGAGGUGGGACUCAGAGACGUGACCGUGUGUGCUACGGACCCUUCUUCGGUGGAGAGACUUGCCAGGGCCCCAAAGAAGAGUAUAAGCAGUGCAAUGACAGAAGGUGUCCUGAGCCCCAUGAAAUUUGUGACGAGGAAAGCCUUGGCCCUGUGGUUUGGAAAGAGACCCCCGCUGGGGAUGCUGCUGCUGUCCGGUGUCCUCGCAAUGCCACUGGGCUGAUCCUUCGAAGAUGUAUUUUAGAUGAAGAAGGGAUAGCUUACUGGGACCCUCCAACAUACAUCAAGUGUGUUUCUAUUGAUUACAGGAACAUACAGAUGAUGACCAGGGAGCAUCUUUCCAAAGCUCAGCGUGGGUUCAUGGGAGAUGGGCUGUCAGACGUGCUCCAAAACCUUGUGGAAAUCUCCCAGGAUGGGACCAGCUACAGCGGGGACUUACUGUCCACCAUUGACGUACUCAGGAACGUGACAGAGAUCUUCCGUAGGGCUUAUUAUAGCCCAACUUCUGGGGAUGUGCAGAACUUUGUCCAGAUCAUCAGCAAUCUUUUAAUGGAGGAAAACCGGGAAAAAUGGGAGGAAGCUCAGCUGAUAGGGCCAAAUGCCAAGGAGCUGUUCAGGCUCAUGGAGGAUUUCAUUGAUGUCAUUGGCUUUCGCAUGAAGGAUUUCCGGGAUUCCUACCAAGUGACGGACAAUCUCGUCCUCGGCAUUCACAAAAUGCCUGCUAAUGCAGCAACUGACAUCACCUUCCCCAUGAAAGGCUGGAGGGGCAUGGUGGACUGGGCCAAGAACUCGGAGGACAAGGUCACUGUCUCCAAGAGCAUCCUGUCUUCAGGGCUGACAGCAACGGAUGACUCCUCUGUCUUCGUGGUGGGGACUGUGCUGUACCGCAACGUGGGCAACAUCCUCUCCCUCCAGAGGAACGGCACUGUUCUGAACUCCAAAGUCAUCUCCGUGACUGUGAAGCCAUUUCCCCGGUCUCUCCUCACCCCCUUGGAAAUUGAAUUCUCCCACCUCUACAAUGGAACCACCAACCAGACCUGCAUCCUGUGGGACGAAAAUGAUGGCAGAGCCUCCGCCUCUCCACCCGGCGCCUGGUCCUGGCGCGGCUGCCGAACGGUCCCGCUCGACGCCUCCCGGACCAAGUGCCUGUGUGACCGGCUCUCCGCCUUCGCCAUCUUAGCCCAGCUCAGCCCCGACAUGAACAUGGAAAAGGUGCUGGUCCCUUCUGUCACAUUAAUUGUAGGCUGUGGAGUAUCUUCGCUGACACUUUUGCUGUUGAUUAUCAUUUAUGUCUCUGUUUGGAGGUAUAUUCGCUCAGAGCGCUCUGUCAUUCUUAUCAACUUCUGCCUUUCCAUCAUCUCCUCCAAUGCCCUCAUCCUGAUCGGACAGACCCAGACCCGGAACAAGGUGAUAUGCACGCUGGUGGCGGCUUUCUUGCACUUCUUCUUCCUCUCCUCUUUCUGCUGGGUGCUGACCGAGGCUUGGCAGUCCUACAUGGCCGUGACGGGCCGGUUACGGAACCGCAUCAUCCGCAAGCGCUUCUUGUGUCUUGGAUGGGGGCUCCCUGCCUUGGUGGUUGCCAUUUCUGUGGGAUUUACUAAAGCCAAGGGGUACGGCACCGUGAACUACUGCUGGCUGUCGUUAGAGGGAGGUCUUCUCUAUGCCUUCGUGGGACCAGCGGCCGCUGUCGUUUUGGUGAACAUGGUUAUUGGCAUUCUGGUUUUUAACAAACUUGUAUCCAAAGAUGGAAUAACAGAUAAGAAACUGAAGGAACGGGCAGGUCAGAUGGCAGUGCCCCUUUACGGCAUGACGCUCAAAUGUUCCAAGUGUGGAGUAGUUUCUUCUGCUGAAGUUUCGGCCACAGCCACCAGUAACGCCAUGGCAUCCCUUUGGAGCUCCUGUGUGGUCCUACCUCUCCUGGCUCUCACCUGGAUGUCUGCAGUUCUGGCAAUCACAGAUCGGCGGUCAGCACUCUUCCAGAUCCUUUUUGCUGUCUUUGACUCAUUGGAGGGCUUUGUCAUCGUUAUGGUCCAUUGCAUCCUAAGGCGGGAGGUCCAGGAUGCUGUGAAGUGCCGAGUAGUAGAUCGUCAGGAAGAGGGCAAUGGAGACUCAGGGGGGUCAUUUCAGAACGGACACGCUCAACUAAUGACCGAUUUUGAGAAGGAUGUGGAUAUGGCUUGUAGAUCAGGUGAGCACAUCACAGUGCUGAAUAAAGACAUCACUGCCUGCAGGACCUCAACCAUCACAGGGACACUGAAGCGUCCAUCACUGCCAGAUGAAGAGAAAUUGAAACUCAAUCACCAGAAAGGGUCAUCAAACUUUAACAGUCUUCCAGCCAAUGUCUCCAAGAUGCAUCUUCAGGGCUCCCCACAUUACCUGGGGGCCAUCAACCUGAAUGAGUUCAGCAAUCACUCUCUCACUCUGAAGAAGGACAAGAACCAGCCACCUAAAUCCAUCUACAUCUGUGAUGGGGACAUCUUCAAGAAAUUGGACUCAGAACUCUCCCGGGCGCAAGAGCAAACGCUGGACACCAGCUAUGUCAUUCUGCCUACCAACACGUCUACCUUACGGGCCAAACCACCCAAAGAUGAGAGCAAAUACAGCAUCAAUAUUGACCAGAUGCCCCAGACACGGCUCAUCCACCUCAGUAUGGCUACUGACCCAGGCUUUGUUGUCAAGAGCCCUCCAAGGGAGCCUGUAACCAUGGCAUGCAGUGAGGUUCAAGGUUCCCCCAUGGUACAACAACAGCAGCAGCAGCUGGCUCCACAAAACAUCUCCAACGAGUCACAGAUUCCCAACAGCCUGUGUGACACAGGUGACUCAGGGAACUCGGGUGUGGUGUCCAAGAGUGAGACCGUCUCCACCCUCUCCAUGAGCUCCUUGGAGAGGCGGAAAUCCCGGUACGCAGAGCUAGAUUUUGAGAAAAUCAUGCACACAAGAAAACGUCACCAAGACAUGUUCCAAGACCUGAACAGAAAACUCCAGCAUGCAGAGAAGGAGAAGGAGUCUCCAACAACGGACAGCAAGCAAGAAAAACAGCAGACACCAAACAAGAGACCCUGGGAAGGAAUCAGGAAAGUCCAGUCCCCACCAUCAUGGGUUAAAAAGGACAUCGAACCUGUGGCACAGUCUCCCCUAGAACUAAAAACUGUAGAGUGGGAGAAAACAGGGGCUACCAUUCCCCUGGUGGGACAAGACAUUAUUGACCUUCAGACAGAGGUCUGAGCGGAAAGGGAAGAAAGGGACUCUCUUAUUUUCUGGAAAACAAACGAAACAAACAAAACACAACCACGUUUUAAAGAAAUGAUUAAAUUAAAUCGGAACCGAGCGAGAGAAAAGUUUGGUUUCUUUUGAAACCUUUGGUAAGGUUGGAGUAACUUUUGUAUCGUUCUCAGCAGAGAGGGGGAAUAUUACUUUAUAGAGUAUAGUAGCUGUAGGUUCAGGACAACACGAGCUUUCCCAGGUAGGACUGGAGAAGAAGUGAGCCUGGAAGAGAGCGAGGAGGAGGCAGAGGGUGGGAAGGGGCUGCAGGGAAUGAGCCCUGAUGAGAUGCUUUCGGGCUGCUGCUGCACACCGAGAGCCUUCCUGCUCUGCCACAGGGAGGUGCGGAAGGAUGCCCAGCGAAGGGCCAAGAAGAUCAGGGUUGUUUGGAGACCACAAAGAGGGGACACCCGCGGGAGCCUCGCUGCGAUGUGGUCUGGCUGUAGAUCCCUUGGGGACACCCAGCCUUGAGGGUCUGUGGCAUCCCUCGAUGAUCCUCGCCGCCCACCUCUCCCUCACCAGCUCACUCGAGAAGGAAGGAGACGGGAUGCGCCAAGCGGUGGCCAAGAAGACGUUCCCACUCCGAUGUGCCACACCAUGACCUGGCACCGUGGCACUCCCACAGAGCCUGGAUGGGGAAAUGGGGGCAUCAUCCAUGGCUUAGGUGGAGAGAUAAGGUGGAGCUUCCUCCUCUCAUCCCUCCACAACGGAGCUUCUGCAUGCCCCAAGGAGUGGGACAGGCACAGGAGGAAAGGACCACCUCCCAAACCUGCUCGCCCCGUCUCCAAGGAGAGGGUGGAAGGUGUUAGAAAACCAGACCAACAAGAAGAAUGUAGGUCGUUUCACUGACUGUUAAAUAGAUAAAUUCAGCAUGGGCCUUGCAAAGGUCCUCUUGGCCUCAUCCUUUUUUUGUUUUUUUCCUGUUAUUUUUCCUUGCUUUCGGACUCAGAUUGAUUCCAAGCUGCCCCUCCCUGGAAGGCAGAGAGAGAAAGAGGGAAAGACAGACCUGCCGAUGUACCUGGAGACAUUUGGUAUACAGAGAUGUUGCCUUAGGACAUUGAGACAAACUGACAACACGAAUAACGUCCACUUGGAAACAAACAAACAGACAAACAAAAUAAUCUAUUUUUUUCCUUCUUCUUUUCUUUUCUUCAAUAAAAAGAGAACUUGAAACCCGAGACCUUUCUUUUCUUUGGCUCUUGUCAUUUCAAAUGCCUUUUGUGUGCUGUAGGACUGUGCAGGCAUGGGGUGAGGAUGCCACCUGCUGAAGGUGGAAGGCAAAGUUGCUCCAUGGAAAGCUUGGGAUGGCGGGAACACACAGCCCUUUCGCUGCUGGCCUUGUUUUAUUCAGUUUGGCCUUUGGUUAUUAUCCCCUCACUGGCUCUUCUCCUCCCUCCCCACUUCCCAGAGCCAGCAAUCAGGUUUGUGGUCCUACAAGAAGGAUGAGGUGGAGCUGAUCAGGAAAGCAGGAUAUUCCUCAUCAUAAAAUACUGUCUUUUUAUUUCACCAUGAAAAGAAGUAAUAAUGAUUUUAAUUUCUUUUUGGUCAUUAAACAUUUCUCAAGGCUAUUUACAUAAAACAACAUAUCUACAUUUCACACACUCCCCCCAAAAUGUUGUGCAAUACUUUUAUCAUUUCAUAAAUAUACCACUAACAUUACAAGCAGACUUCAUUUUUCUUAUCAUUCCCAACACUGUCUGUCUGAUGUUUGGAACAACUCUCCCAGCUUUGGAGAUGUGAGGUGACAAACCUCUGGUUGUAAGUAAGUGGCCAGAUUAUGCCAGACAGCAAAGCUUGAUCAGGGUCUGAGUUCUUACUGUGUGUUUGGGUCUCUUUUUAAUAGAAAUUAAAACAAAACCAAAAUAUUUUUAGGGAAAAACUAGCAAUGGAUUCAAAAUGCAAAACAAUCACUGCCCCCAGUUGUGCUUCCCCCACUGAGAGGUGUUGCUUGGCUUGCCAACAUCUCCAUUUCAAUGCUCCUUUGGGCCACCUGGGUGAUCUUUAAUGGCAUUUACCUUGCCAUUAAGUGUAUAAUAUGAAGGAUGGAAAGAAAAACUUAAAUCCAAAUAGUUUAAAGAAUAGGGAAACUGAUUACUUAUAAAAACUGUGAUAUUAUUGUUCGAUUUUAGAUUAUUCUAUGAAACAGGAAAGCACAAAGGCCUCCCUCAGAUGCCGGGUUGUAUGAUAUUGUAAUUAUUAUAAUUACACAUUAUGAAUUUUAGCAUACAGAUAUCUUUCUACUGUGUUUUAAUUCUUUUCUCUAUUCCCCCCCCCCCUCUUUUCCCCUUACCCAACCAAGCCUCUUCUCUCCAACCUUCCCCAUUCACCCAUUCACUCCAGCCGACUCGCAGGACAUUAACGGUGAUAUGUAAUUAGAGAGAUCAAUGUUUGUUUAAUAACUGUUGCUAUUCGACUUUCUCUGCUCAGCUCCUCCGGUUAAUUCUGUUCUCCCAUGCCCUGCCCCAUGCCAUGCCUUCCCCUUCCUCCUCUCCGUGUUCGUCAGUUAUUUUUUUCUGUACAGUUUUCAGAGCACAAAAUGAAUGUGUCUUAUUUCUAAUAAAAGAGGUGUAAACUCCA